AUACAGGUGUCGCUUCUAUACAUUUCCAACACUUAUUGAAUGGAAAAGAAUCGUGCCUCUAUUUAGUGUGUUAAUUCAUUUUCAAUUUCACGAAACAAAAACGCGAAACAAACCACGAAAUUACAUCGAACGAUAGUGGACAACGUUCCUCACGAACUGUUCGCCGAAACGACAAAAAUGGUCAAAUAGUUGUUACGAACGUGCCACUUGCGAAUAUCAAGACGAACUACCGAAUCGUACCUACUAAUUCCUUGUAUCGAGGGGACACGAUGAAGCCCGUAACGUGGAACAAGUGACCCGAAGAAUUCCUCGGCUAAAAUUAUAUAUUCCGAAAUGGAAAAAGAUAUGGCCGUUCGAAUUCCUAACCUUGCCCGUCCGUUCGCGUUAUGACAUACCAGACGAUAACGGUUUCGCCAGCCGCGCCGUAGCCGGAUUUUACAAAAAAAUGUGAAUCCCCGGUGACAGCACUGAAAAAACCGGCGCGAAGAUACUUGAUCGAUGCUCGGGCCGGCUUAAAAUCCGCGAAAUACCGCGAUCGACGAGGGAAAAAAAGGGGGAAAAAGACAAGUAAACCGUGUCGCAUCGAGCAUGCCAUCCGCGCGAGCUUUGUACCCUAAACUCGCUGGUCUCUCUCAUGAGUACUCACCGGCGAGCACUGGAAAACCUGUGUGCGCGAUCCCAUGCCCGUACGUGCACGAAAUCACGGGCGAAGUAAGUUUUCGGUUCGCUAUAGUGGCAGAACGAUAAAGCGAGCCGAGCCGACGGAAAAAAAAAGAUGGCCGCCGGUAGGCUGCCAUGAAGGGGCUGCGUCGCUCGCGCUUGUGGAAAUGGGACGUUGCGACAUCCAAGUGUCACCGUCGUCGUGCCCGUGAAGUGUCACAAAGUGUUCCCGAGGUGACGUGAAAGUGUUUUGUGUUCGUUCUCGCGACGGGGGAUUGAUUUUCCGCGAUGGCAUCGGACGGAAUGGAAUGGGUCGAAAUCAUAGAACCUCGUACAAAGGAGCAUAUGUAUGCAAAUCUUACGACUGGAGAAUGUGUAUGGGAUCCUCCACCUGGUGUGCCAGUGAAGAAAACUGAUAACAACCAAUGGUGGGAACUAUUUGAUCAAAAUACUUCACGGUUUUACUAUUAUAAUGCAACCUCCCUAAAAACUGUCUGGCACCGUCCAAGUGAUUGUGACAUCAUACCAUUAGCAAAGCUUCAGACGUUAAAGCAGAAUACAGAGCCAGCAAGCAGCAGUGGAGUUGAUACUCAGAAAUCAACCGAGCCAAGAAAGAAAGAAUCUGUAUCCACCCAGACACAAACUCCUUCUGUUAGUCGAUCUACAAGGUUCAGUCAUCAAGAAAGUUCCAAUUUGUCUUCUUCGUUGCAAAGUGGUAGUGUAAAUAAAACACGAAUAUCUGGUGUUGGUGUGGACCUCCAGACGUCUCCUCCUUCUCCAUCGCCAUCCACAAGACGUCACCAUCAUCAUCACCAUCAUCACCACAACAACAGGCAUCAUAGGCAUCAUGAAGUCCCGACAGCUCGUCGCCAGCAUAAUCAUUCGCAAGAUUCUGGACGCUCUAGCGACAGUUCAGUAUCCCACAGUCGAACGUCUUUGGAAUCGACCGGCUACCGACUGCUGGACUCUCCGCACCGGCAUCAUCAUCGUUCUGCCACCCAAACGCCAGCGAAUCAAGCACAAUCAUCUCCCAGACAGCACAGCGGUACAUUGGAAGCCAGGGGCCAUAAGAGCGGAACAUUGGAAAGUGUGAAGAAUCAGAAGUCUGUGCCGCUGGGUGAACCACCGCCAUUAGGUUUAUCGCUUUCAACUAGCACCCCUCUCUUCAAGAAGAAGACAUUUGUUGACUCGCAACGCGAGGUUAGGGCAGGGAAUUUAGAAUUGGAAAAGAAUAAAAAUGGUAGGGAAAGUAGUAGAGGCUCAUACGGUCCUGAACCGAGCACUUCGCCAUAUCGUGAUUCGUUGAUGGAGUCUAGAAUAUUCAGGCAAGAGAUGCCACCGUACCGUCCGCCAGAAGUUCAAUUGAGUCAUAGUUAUAAAUCACAGGGCGAGAAGUAUGGCUCCCUGGUGGAAAGUAGUAACCGUUAUCAUAGAGAUAGGGAAAGAGAGAUUCAUCAUAGGGAAAGAGUAAAUAGUUUGGACAAGACAAACACGUCAGCCUUUUAUCCAAGUUCCAUGCAUUCGCGUAAUAUGAAUAAGCAAGAUAACACUGGUAGUAUAGGAAGAAGGCAUCACGGAGGUUCGGUGUCCCUUUCCGAAGCAAAUAAAGAUGCGUACAACGUCAUGAUGGCGGAUUGGAAUGAACCAUCAGGGGUUCAGAAAAGCCUUGUCAGGGGCACCGGAGGACUCUUAAGUGGCGCGUCGAAGCAAAGGAGCGUCGAGGUUGCGGAGAGGGAGAGAGAGCGUGAACGCGACAGAGAGAAACAGUAUAGAAGGAACACAGCGUGCAAUAACUCGAUGGAUUGUGUGCCGCAGCCAUUAGCUCGAAGCUACAGUUUUGUACAGCAACAGAAGCAGCAGCAAAAGAUACAGCAGAUGCACCAGCAGCAAUCGAGGAGAAGGGACAGGGAUGACGAUUCGAUGCAUGAACGUUACUUAAUAAGUCAGAGCCACGAGCAACCUAGGCAGAGGCUUAGCAGCAACACUAGCAGUAGCAAUAGCAGUAAUAGUAGCAGUAAUAGUGCCGUAGGUGAGGAGACGGAGGGACUCACAGAAGGGGACGACAGUAAGAAGAAGAGAAGCAACGGGAACCCGAGUCCGCCUCCGUCUCCAUUCUACGGGAAUCCGUUGUCCGACGCCGAUUACUUGUUGCCGCUUCAACAUUAUAUUCUGCAACAGGCGAAACUCUCAGGUUGUUAUAAGUUCGGAGAUCCUUUGUUGGUAGAAGAAGGUGACGAUUCCUUGGACGAGGAGGGCGGAAGAGGCGAGGAUAUCGGCGGGAGAGCCGAAGACGAUUCUGAUGAUCAGUUCGCAGAUGACGAGGCAGCCAGCAACCAGGGUGAUUCUUCUAGCCAAGAGUACCUUGAAGAUCAUUACGCAGAUUUAGGUAAUUACGACACCGCAGGCUUAGCGACUUACUACAACACUGCGGACACGCUGACGAGGCCACAAGUGCGACCACCGUCACCACCGAAUACCAUAUCGCAAACAGAGAUCCGUGACAGCGUGACGACUACGAGACAAGUUACCGUACCAACGUGUACCAUCAGUUCCCUACCCACGAUUGGUACCAGCGUAGACAACGUCGACUCGGAAGAGGCAAGACGAAACGACAGUGCCGGCGGCGGCGAUAUCGAGAAAUACGCACAAGACAAUCUCAACUUGAACUGCGGGCGACCGAAGGGUUUGAGACUUCUCUUCCGGAAGAAGUUCAGCGUUCGAGACAUUCUGAGCUGGUCGAAGGAUCCUAUACCGCAACCGAUGCUCGUCGUCGUGGACGGGGAAAAGCUACUGAAACGGGAGGCUUGCAAUUUAUUCAGGCUGGUGCAAGUGUACAUGGGUGACCGGAAGGCAAACGUAGGGAUGACGUUGGACAGUGUGGCUAUGGACAUUGUAAAUACCGCGUUCUCGAAGCCGCCGUUACGGGAUGAACUGUACGUUCAGAUCUGCAGGCAAACCACAGAGAAUCCGCGGAAAGAGAGCCUCCGCCGUGGCUGGGAGCUGAUGGCCGUUUGCCUGGCCUUCGUUCCACCUAGCGCAACGUUCGAGCCCUAUCUUGAAGGCUACAUGAACAGACACCGCGAUCCGAAUUUCCAGUUCCCGGAAGUGGCCAAGUGGCCGAUCCACGUUCAGGUUAGUCACUACGCGACAGUCGCCUGUCGACGCCUUCAGCGAAUCGGUGCGCACGGCAAGCGGCAACCACGAAAGGCUACCAUAGAAGACAUUGAUCAAGCAAGGAUUCAAAUCUUCCGAGCGUCUAUGUUCGGGGCGACGCUCUCGGAAGUGAUGGCGUUGCAAAGAGACAGAUACCCGAACCGAGAGUUACCAUGGAUACAAACCACGCUAACACGGCAGGUAUUGGCCCGCGGUGGUAUAUUGACCGAGGGUAUUUUCAGGGUGUCCGCGGACGCGGAUGAGGUUAGCGCUUUGAAGGCUUGCCUGGACAGGUUCGAGGACGGCACGAUUCUGGCUGCUCCCCAGGAUGCUCACGCGCCCGCUUCUUUGUUGAAACUAUGGGUACGCGAGCUGUACGAGCCGCUGAUACCUGAUUCCUUUUACGCGGAGUGCGUCUCGAUGAGACACGACGACGCCGAGGUGUCCGCAGCGAACGUCGCUGCGCUCGUCGAUCGAUUGCCCGACCUGAAUCGUCGGGUGCUGUGCCACUUGAUACGGUUUCUACAGAUAUUCGCGAGACCCGAGGUGGUUGCCCGCACCAAAAUGGACGCGAACAAUCUGGCGAUGGUGAUGGCGCCGAACAUACUGCGGUGCACCUCGCAAGAUCCGCGCGUGAUCUUGGAGAACGCGCGAAAAGAAAUGGCUUUUGUUCGUACUCUUAUCGAGUCAUUAGAAACCGCUUGGGUCGAUGAUCUUCACUGACCUUAUUCUACUGCGCUAGAAGAAAGAACGCUCUAGACUACUAUGCCAAAUGAAAUCAGCUGUAUAUUCAUAAGUAUUGUUAGUUAUUUCACCGUUCUAUAUUAUCUUUCACAGUUCGUUUUUCUUUCUCUCUCUCGUCGUCUCUGUCGUUUUGUUUCUCUUGGCCAUCACCGGACCCCAAUAAUCCCGUUCCUCGAUGUUCUUCAACCGUAAUCUUUAGUGCUACGAAAACUUUACCAAGCUAAUCUCACCGAGUUUCCAACUUGCCCCCUUCGCUCCCCCUCGCUCCUCGUUCCCUAUUUAUUAUUUAUAUGCAAAUUAUAUGUUAUACAGAUAGAGAUUAUUAUUAUAUUAUGUAUAUCACUAUAUAUCAUAUUAUAUAUUUUACCAACCCUUGUUACCGCGUUGACCGUAACGCGGACGGCUUUUUUACUCGAUUAUUGUUGAAUCUCGUGUAAGAUAACAGAAAUCAUGUGUUACCGUGUAUAGCUGCACUCCGCGAUGAUCUUUUUGUAUAAGCGACGAAUUUGACGUGUACAACGUUUAUCGAGGAGUAAACAUUGCAAAGGAUUAGCAAGCUGUAUUCAACUGUGUUUUUUUUUCCUUCCGGUUUCACUCACCUGUUUUUACAACGAACAUUCUUUCGUUUCAAUCUUCCACUUCGACGAGAACAAUGAAACGAUUUCCGAGGGUGCACGACACAACCGUGCGUGACUGGCAGCUGUUUUCUUACUUCUAAUUUAUAACAAUUUUUCUUAUCUUUUCCAUUUUUCUUUUGUUGCCAAACGAAAGUUACCAGUUAAUAAUCAUUGUAUUAAAUAUAAUAUUUAAAUUAUACAAACAAAAUAUCACAAAACGAUGGUCGCCGUUAUGCCGUAAUGGACACUGUUUUCUUUCCUUCUCCUUUUUAAUGUAAAUAUCGUAUAAAAAUUGGUAUAGCAAUUGUUGUCGGUAUCCGAUGUUAAUAGAGUAAAUCACUCGCAACGUACCUGCUUUUACACUACGCUAAGCAUUAUCUAGUUACACCUAUCGAAAUUUUAUAUACAAGAUGUACAAAGUAAUCGAUUACACUAAAAUACUGCUUCUGAUGUGCGCCAAUUUCAUUAGACCUUCUUCGACGUGUGUUCAUCAUCUUCGAACCUGCUCCUAUCGGAACGAACACGUUUCGGCUCAAAGAAAUCUUUUCUUUUUCGUAGGAAUAGCAUAAUGAUUUUCAUAUAAAAACGUUUUCCCGACGAUUUUCCAGUGUUUCACGAUCGAAAGAUAAGUAUUGCCAUUUACAAGUUUGUUCAGAGAUCGUUAUAAGAGCUUCCCUGUACUCUAAAUCAAUCUUCGGAGCGUGUCCUCUUAAGCACAAGUCACCGUGUGUCUCUAAACGAUAGUACCGUUCGCGCGACCGCUGCACAAGUUCAACUUAAGUAGAGCUUAAGACUCCCGAACACGUUGAAACUUGCAGCAAUGCAGGCAUCGCGACAAGUGAUGGGUUUGUCUUCCAAAGUUUCAUAAUACAUGUUGCAGUCAGACAAAAAGUGAAAAAGGCUUGACACUAGAACUACCGGAAGGGACAAAAUGACCCAUUCAUGGUUUCUUUUUUUCCAGUUAUUGAGAAGGUAACGAAUGCUUCUCUGAGAAAUUACUAGAGAAAUUGGUUUAGUAAUGCAGAAACUACAGUGCAAAUC